AUGUUUUUACAAGUGGAAGCUUCAUCAAUAGCAUCAACACAGUUACAAAAUCAGCAUCGACAACCUUAUCGAUCUUCAUCAUUUCACGAUAUAAUAUCAUCAUUACAAGUAUCAUCUCAGCAAACACGAUAUACUAAUUCAAAUGAUAAUGAACAUCGUCUUGCGAUUUGGCAAAAAGAAUUUGAUAGAAAAAUUGAACAAAUGAAUGAAAUAAAGGCUACGGAUUUAAAUAAAUUAAAACUUUACUAUGAAACAAAAUUACGUGAAUUAGAAGAUAAUAAUAAACACUUAGAAAUUAUUUCAGGUCAGAUAAAUGAAGAAAAUAAACGUUUAAAAAUCGAAGUUGAACAUGAAAAGGAACAAAAUAAAAUAGAACAAACAGCAUUACAACAACAUUUAAAAGAAUUUAAAAGUACUCUAGAAAGAAAAAUUCAUGAAAUAAAAAUAAUUCAUGCUAAUGACAAACAAGAAAUUAAACAACAACAUUCAAGAUUAUAUCAAGAUUUAUUAGAUGAAACAAAUCAACGUUUAAAAAAAAUGGAAAAUAAUUAUAAAUAUGAACAAUUAACAAAUGAAACAGUUAUUGAUGAAAUGGAAAAACGAAUGGUAGAUUUACGUUCUAACGUUCAGCAUCUUCAACAGUUCAAACAAAAAUUUGAAGAUGAAAAAAUUCAACUAAUUAAAACUAAUGAACAAUUACAAUUACAGGUUCAAGAAUUAACAAAUAAACAGCGUCAUAUUGAUCGUGAUCAUACUGAUAAAAUUCAACGUUAUGAAAAUGAAUUAAAAUCUGUUCAUCUUCGUUGUGAAUCAAGUAUUGAUUAUUUACGUAAAGAAAAUGAUAUAUUAAAAAGUAAAUCAACGAAAACAAUAGAUGAUUUAGAAAAAAAAUUAUCAAAUAUAAAAGAACAAUUUCAUCAUGUAGAAAAAUCAUUUGAACAAAAAUUAAAUGAACAACGAAUAAUCUAUCAUAAUAAUAUAAAACAAUAUGAAGAUGAUUAUGAAAAACGACUUCAAUUACUAAAACAAGAAUUAAAAGAACAAAAUAAUAAAUUUCUUUUAUCUGUUCAACAUAAUGAACACAUACAAAAUGAAUUACGACAACAGAAACAUCAAACUAAAAUUGAUUUUGAAAAUCAAAUUCAAGAAAUGAAUGAAAAAACACGUGAAAAUGAACAAAUAUUAAUCAAUAAAUUGAAACGUGAAUAUGAUCAAGCUAAUCAACAAGAUCAAGAAAAAUUACGUGAAACUUUUAAUAAAGAAAUUGAACAAAUCAAACGUCAAUACGAACAAAUAAUUGAAAAAAAAGAAGAAAAAAUAAAGAAUGAUUUACAAAAAUUUAAUCAAUUAUCUGUUGAAACAAAACGUACACAUGAAAUUGAAAAACAACAGAUUAUCAAUGAAUAUGAACAAUUUAUUCAAAAACUUGAAAAGAAUUAUACAUACAAAGCUGAUGAAUAUGAAAAACGUAUUGAAGUAUUAAUUUCUAAAACACAUGAACAAUUAAAAUCAAUGGAAGAUGAAUUUGAAGUACGUCAUGCUAAUCAACAAUUAAUUAUUAGUGAUCAACAAAAAAUUAUUCAAGCUUAUAAAGAUGAAGAAAAUCAAACAAAAAUUUUGUAUGAAAAACAUUGUAAAGUUUUAAGUGAACAAUCUAUACGUGAAAAAAAUGAAAUUAAAGCCCAAUUUGAUAUAUGUAUGAAAAAUUUAGAAAAAAAUUUCAAUAUAUUAGCAUCAAAAAAAGAACAACUUGAAUGUAAAUUAUCAUUUUUAAAAGAACAACAUAAACAUGAAAUGAUCGAAUGUCGUCUAUCAUAUGAAAAUACAAUUAAAGGUCUUCUAUCAAAUGAAGUUCGUCUUGAUUUAGAAAAUACAAUACAUUCAUUAAAACAACAAGUUAUUUAUUUACAACAACGGACAGCUUUUCUUCAACAAGAACUUGAACAAUAUAUACAAAUCUAUGGUCAUAAACUAUCAUUAUCUCAAUGA